ACUAGGUGAAAUUGGUAUAUAACGUUUUGUAAUACUAUUCAUUCCACACAAGAUCAACACCGUUCAUAUAAAAUAAGGUUAACGUUCACCAGAACAUUCGCGUUCACGUUCAACGUGCUUUAGGGUUAUGUUCAGAGAAAACGCUAAAAAGGAAUGCUAAACUGUUGAAGAGCCUAUUCUCUACAAAAUGGCUCAUUUUGUUCGGACUUUUUAUGUUUCGAAAAAGUUUUAUAAACGGAAUGGUUUACUGGAAAACCAGUUUUGUAAAACGAUUUUCCUUCAAGAUAACCUGAUUUUUUAACUUAUUUUACAGUGCAUUGGAAAGAGCACAUCGAAAACUAUCUAUUUCUAUUAAGAAUAUAUUUUUCCGCGUACCUCUGCCAACGAGUUUAACCUUCUAAUUUGAAACAGAUAGUAUUCCAUAACGGCGGGUAUUUUGAGACUUUUAUUCGCUACGUGAACCAGUUUUAAAAAUAAGUAGAUGUCCUAAAAACUGCAUAACUUUUGUCUAGAAGAGUGUUUUCUAUUAUUCUCCAGUUCAUAAAAAAACGAAGUUGGAAGGUAGUGAAAAAAAAUUCUAUUUUUUUGUCCUUCUGUAACGGUCUCUAUUUUGCUAUUAACUUCCGAUGGGCUCAACGAAAGCCCUUGAAAAUUUUUUGAUAGUAUAACCCGAGUUCAUCUAUCAGCAGUAAAAAUUUCAGACCUGUCUCUCACCAUAACCGAGAUAUAACGCGUAAACGGUGAAAAACAGGAAUAUCGUAACGCCUGUCCACAACGUGUGGUCUUUAUAUUUUGAAAUGGACAGCAGUAAUAUUCUUUUUUUCCUGAAAUAUCAUGGUUUUCCCAGUUAAGUUGUAAUAAGUGUAUUAAUCUCAUUAUGAAGGCGUUCUGUUGAAAGAAGUGUUUCUUUUCUCAUAAAUUAUUUGACAAUUUAGACUCCUAAACGUCCCGCUUCUGACGAUGGUUCAUUAAUGAUUCAGAACACUCCACGUCGUAAAUUAAUAAAAACGAAUCAAAAAGAAAACGGUUCACAACAAUUAAAUGAUGAAACAGAGAUAACAGGAGUUGAGAGUGAUGAAAUAGAAUCAAUAGCUGAUAAAACUGAUGAAGAUCAUGAUGAAGACAGUAAUGAAAUUCCACCAUCUCAAAAAGGGUCUAAUAAAAUGAUGACAAGAGCAGAUGAACAUGAUUUAGAAAUGAAAGUUGAUGAAUGUUCAAGAGAUACACAAGCAAUAAAUAUGAAUGGAGACAAUGAAGAAGAAGAACAAAAAAUGGAUAUUGAUAUACCAACUGUAGAAAAAAUAUCAUCAUCUAGUCAAAAUUCAACAAAACGUCGUUCAUCUCGUCAUACUAAAGUCCUUUUUUCAUCUACAAACGAUUCUCAUCAACCGAAAGUAUUAUCAUCUGAAGUUAGCCAACAAACACCUCAACGUUUACGUCGAACUCGAUCAGCUUCAACAAAUACAUCAUCGACUAUAAAUGAUAAUCAAUCUUCUAAUUCUACGCGUCGACGAAAAUCUUGUAGUGCUUCAAAUAUUCGUACAUUUGAUGUUAUUGUUAAAAAAACAUUUUCAUUAUCAACAAACUCUAGUCGAAUGCAAUCAUCAACGAGAAAAUCCAACAAUGAUACACCACUGAGACAAAAAAAUGAAAAGGUUCGUAACAAUAUUUCAUAA